AAACUACAGUGUCAAGCUGUUUUAGGAAAUUGUUUAGUCUUUUUAAAAAAUUAAAUUAUACUGUAUAUGUAUUAAGAGAUUAAUCCUUAAAAACAGGAUUAAUCUCUUCAGUAAGAACAAAUGUGCCACUUUUGGACUUUUCAUGGGAUUUUUUGACAAUAACAAAAAUUUAAAUCCAGGACUUUUUUUCCAUUAAAUCUUUUUCAUGAUUACUGUUACAACAUAAAUACUUUCAGGACCAUCGCUGGGAAAACUCAUCUUUGCUGGAGUUUGUGUCGCUCACAACUAAUUAAAUCCCACUGACGGAGCUUACUACAAACAACCGAAAUCUGUUUCAUAACAAUAAUCAAAAUAUGAAAAGAAACAGCGUGAGCAGUGACAUGUGCGAGUGUUUGCUUGUGUGUUCAUGCUCUUGUGUGUAUGUUCGAGGUCACUCAGCUGGGGCCCCUCGAUAAUUAGAGAGAGCAAUUGAGGGGAAGCAAAUAGAUUACCGCACCGUCAGAGAAAGAAGGAAAGGGAGGUGGAAUGCAGGAGACGGAGAGAGACAGAGGGGGGGAGGAAAAAGCAUGGGUGAGAAAGAAAAAGGCUGCUGGGAAAGACAACUCUUCUCCUGUUGCUGCCUGCUCAUUUCUCUCCAAAAAACCUUACAUCCCAUCUGUCACAACAUCUGACACUGUCUCUCCUCCCUCUUUGUUCCCACCCCUCUCUUGCACCAGCUGAUGCAAAAAUCACACGUACACAUAUCAGUUUAAUGUGUGUGUAUGAAAGGUCUUUGAUCAUUCUGGGAGGAUAACAACAGAAAUGUCAUUUGAUCUGCUGGUGUAUGGCCCUCGUCUUGCUCUGAAUGUGGAUCAAAGUGGGGCCAGCAGCAGCAUGGCUAAUAUCUAAACAAUCAGUAGUAAAUUACAUUAAUUCACUGACGCAGCCCGGGCUUCACGUCCUUUGAUCAACACACCCGCUUUCCACUCGAGUACCCCCUCUUUCCUUUUCUCCCACUUUUCAUAAAAUCCAAGCGAGGCAGGAAGAAGAAGGAGGGAUGUGUUAAAGAUGAGGGGGAGGAGGGUGGAGAGGGGAGGAGAUGGGGAGACAGGAGUCAGCAGAGUGAGCUGGCAGAGGUCACCCUCAGAGUAAUAAGCAAGAGGAAAGCUCACACACACACAAACACACACACACACAUAGACACAGCAUGGAUGCAGAUAGUGUGUGCAACAGCAGAUCAGGUUGUCCGGGCUCCUACAGAUGCUUCACGGGACGCUGAGGACGAGGACGAGCCAACAUGUCAGUCUCCAUGGCAACAGAUUCAUACCCGUCCAUCGACUGGUCAGUGGUGUCUGUGACCCUGGCAGGUACAAAUGUCACAGACUGGGAGCGUGAUGCCCUUCUGGCGGUGGCCGAGGUGGUGGUGCUGGCGGUCAUCUUGGUGAUGGCGCUGCUCGGCAACGGGCUGGUGCUGGUGGUGUUGCUAAGGCGGAGACGACACCACAACCCGCUGCACCAGUUCAUGCUCAACCUCUGUCUGGCCGACCUGGUGGUGGCACUGUUCCAGGUGUUGCCUCAGCUGGUGUGGGAUGCUAAGGGACGCUUUCCUGGCCCGGACAUCCUGUGUCGCCUGGUGAAAUACCUGCAGGUCCUCGGGAUGUUCGCCUCCUCCUACAUGAUUGUGGCCAUGACGGUGGACCGGCACUACGCCAUCUGCUGCCCCCUGCAGGCGCACCGCAGCGGGGCCACCCAACGCUGGAACACCUUCAUAUUGCUGGCCUGGGGGCUGUCGUUGCUGCUCAGCCUGCCACAGGUUUUCAUCUUCUCCCAAUCUGAAGUAGCUCCAGGUGUCUAUGAGUGUUGGGGCAACUUUACUGAGUCCUGGGGCCUCAAAGCCUACGUGACCUGGAUGACCCUGGCUGUCUUCAUCCUCCCUGUCCUCAUCAUCACUGUCUGCCAGGUACGAAUCUUCAAGGAGAUCCACAACAACCUGUACCUGAAGUCAGAGCGCCGCCUGUCCCCCGCCUCCCUCCCUCCAUCCAGACGGGACAGCCAGAGAGGAGGUGGAGGCAGCAGAGGGAGGUCCAGUCUCUCCCUCUAUGUUUCACCACUCACGUUCAACAACCCUGGGAGUCACACCAGCUUUGACUCUGGAUCCACCUUUCAGCACCUGCCCAUGGGGCCACUCAGGUCCAACAGCAUCACCUCACAUUAUGAUAUUCACACCUACACUGCUAUUCACUCAGCUGAGCUGCAGCCUGACCUGCUGCCUGACCCUGCAGCGCCCUCUGCUGUCUGCUGCCCCCCGCCCAAAGCCCCCCCUGCCCGCGGUGGAGAGGUAUCAGCGGCCAUGUCAAAGACAGUGAGGAUGACGCUGGUCAUAGUGCUGGUCUACUCGCUCUGCUGGGCCCCGUUCUUCAGUGUCCAGCUGUGGGCCGCCUGGGACUCCAACCCACCUCAGAACGGUGCAGCGUUCACCCUGCUGAUGCUGCUGGCCAGUCUGAACUCGUGCACCAACCCCUGGAUCUACUCUGCCUUCUCCAGCAGCGUCUCUCCGGAGCUCCGCCUGCUGCUGCUCUGCCGCGGACACACACGGCGCCGAGGCUCCCUACCGAACGACUCCACCACCACGCACACCUCCAACUAGUGAACAAUAUACACAACAACCACCACACGGUCAAGUGCGAAAUCCUGUCACGUGACACACAAUCAACACAUAGCUGCUAACGUAGCUAACUCUACAGUGCUUACUUUUCCACACGUCGAUAGUUUGACGUUUUGGGGGAAAACACUUACUCUUUUUCUUGCAGUUAGUUAGAUGAUCGAUACCACUCCCAUAUUUGUCCGUGAAUGAAGAUAUAUGAUAACGAGAUAAGCUAAUAUACAGUUAGGAUACGGUUAAACUAGCUUAGCAUAAAGAAUGGCGGGAAACAGCUAGCCUGGCUCUGUCUAAAUGUAAAAAAAAAAAUCCGCCCACCUUCACCAGUAAAGCUCACUAAUUGACACGUUGUGUCCUAUUUAAUUUCUUUGUACAGAUUAACAGUUAUAUUUCGUUGUAUUUAAUCCCUAUAAAAAAUAAAAGUACUGAAACGACAAGUGGCCAUUUUACUGUGAGUUGUGUAACUGACUAUUUCUUGGCUUGGAGCCGUUGCCAGGCAACCAGCGAAGGCUUAACACAGGUAGUUACUGCUCUUAUCCAAGAAAUAGUCGGGCACGUAACCCCACGUAAAACGGCGAAUUGCGGUUUUUACACGAACAAGAUAUAACGUGUCUGUUAGUGAUCUUGAGAUGUGCGUGUAGACAGAUUUAGCUCACUAAAAAAAAGUCUAAAAAUUACAAAUUGUGGUUUUACAUGUGGGGUUAUGUGCCGGAUUAUUUCUUGGCUGGCAGCAGUGACUUCCAGGUGGAAAACUUGGGUUUUUUUGUACGGAUUAACGUUACAUCUCGCUCACUAAUUGUCCUAUUUGUUUAAUCCCUACAAAAAACGAAGUGUAGAAACAACAAUUCGCCGUUGUACGGGGUUGUGUACCUGACUAUUUCUUGGCUUGGAGCCGUUGCCAAGCAACCAGCGAAGGCCUAACAUAGGUAGUUACUGCUCUUAUCCAAGAAAUAGCCGGGCACAUAACCCCACGUAAAACAGUUUAUUGUCUUUUUACACGUUUUUUAAAGAGUUAAACAAGAUAUAACGUGUCAGUUAGUGAGCAUUAGAGGUGCUGGUAGGUGGAUUUGGCUUCCUUUGGAUAGCACCCGGGUAGCCGUGUCUGGUCUUUAUGCUAAGCUAAGCGGCUUUUAGCAUAACUUCACCAUAUGAGUCUUAUUGAACCCUCGACAAGGAAGCAAAUAGCAAAUAACGCAAAGCAUAUUUCCCACAAUGUCCAACUAUUCCCAUAAUUGGGCUACAACAGGUAGUUUAGAUACAAACUGCUGUAAUACAUUUUAGAAAGUGUAAUUAUUGUUAAUGCAUGUGUUUGGAUAUAUUUUCUGCUUCUGACUGACUGUUACUGCUUAAAAAUCAAUUUCCUUCCUUCAUUUUUCAAAAGCACAGAACAAAUGCAAUGAGAUUUGUUUUAAAAAAAACGUUUAUUCAUUCUCUCCCCUGUCAUAAAAACACUUUGCACAUAUAAAACAUGAAAACAUCUAUUGGCACAAAAAAAAGUCAUGUUAUUUUCCAGAAACUUAAUACAAUUGUUUUGUUUUAAACACAAAAAGGUGCUGUGGCUAUACAGUACUGUUUUGUUUUUUUAAAAAACCCUGUACUGGAAAACAUUCAGUGUUUCAAUUAAAUGGUUUACUUGAA